AUACUUACGCCAAUAAGCUUGACCUGUUUACUACUUUCAUCUCUACUCACACCACGGUAUUUAUGGAUUUCUCGUGUAUGGCAUAAACGCCGCGGGAACGCGCAUAAUUGUAACUUUUUAAAACCCAUCUCCAAAACGAGGUUCGAGAGUUCCUGUCUGAAGAAUGGCGGAAGGUUUGGACAGUUCGGAAAUUGAGAAAUCUAUUCAGAAAAGGCCACAGUUUGGUAAUCGAACUCUCACUGACAAUGCCCAAGUUUUCCAACACAACGCGUGGGAUAACGUGACAUGGGAUGAAGAACAGGAACAAAAGGCUCGUGAGAAGGUCGCCGAAAAUUCUGCAGUUCUCACAAGUCCUGAACAGAUUGCGAAAUUUGAAAAAGAUGCAGAUAUUUACUGGGAUAAGUUUUAUAAGAUUCAUCAGAACAGAUUUUUCAAGGAUAGACACUGGCUGUUCACCGAAUUUCCCGAACUCGCGCCCAGCACUGUGACAAAGGACUCCCUUCGACCUGUGCGAGUGUUUCCGCAAUCUGCAGGACCUGAAAAAAAAGAUGAAUGUUGUCAAACGUCACAAUUGUCAGAUUUGUUAAGUUCACGGAUAUUAGAAAUUGGUUGCGGUGUUGGAAACACAGUGUUUCCUAUUCUCCUUUACAACACAGAUCCAAGUUUGUUUGUUUACUGUUGCGAUUUUUCUUCAAUAGCAAUAAACAUCUUAAAAGAAAAUUCUGCAUAUGACCAGUCAAGAUGCCAGGCAUUUGUUCUUGAUGCAACCCAGGAAAAUUGGGCUCCCCCAUUUGAUGAACAAAGCCUAGACAUCAUUGUCUUGAUAUUCGUGUUAUCUGCCAUUCAUCCGGAUAAAAUGGGUAAUGUGCUUAAACAGAUUCACCGAUACUUGAAACCCGGCGGCUUAGUCCUAUUCAGAGAUUAUGGAAGGUAUGAUUUGGCUCAACUGAGGUUCAAAAAAGGGAGAUGUUUGUCUGAUAAUUUUUAUGCUCGAGGGGACGGUACAAGAGUUUAUUUCUUCACCCAAGAUGAAAUUAGGAAUAUGUUUGUCAGCCAUGGGUUUGUACAGGAGCAGAAUAUAAUAGAUAGGAGAUUACAAGUGAAUCGUGGUAAAUUACUCACUAUGUAUAGGGUAUGGAUACAAGCUAAGUAUCGAAAGCCAUUUUGA